AUGACUGUGAUGGGCUUUGGCGAGAUUAAAAUAUUUCAAGAUGGUGCAUGGGCUGGCCGUUCGCCUACUGCUGACAGGAACAAUUACUACAUUAACAACAAUUACAUUAACAAUUACGUUAGUAACAAUUACAUCAGUAACAAUUACAUCAGUAACAUUUACAUCAGUAACAUUUACAUCAGUAACAUUUACAUCAGUAACAUUUACAUCAGAAACAUUUCUCUACAUGCAACACAGGGCAGCUUGGGAAAUAAGUUCUCUAUGCAAAUCCAAGGACGGCGAAAUCAUCGGCCAGAACCACGACAACAGCAGUUGCACAUUUUUGACGUUGAGUUAAACCCUCAAGCCGACAUGCUCUCUCUGGUAGUUGACCUGGGCCUUCAGGUUCAAGGUCGCAGAUCACGUGGGCGAGGUCAUAAAUUGCGCGGGCAGGUUGAACGUGAUAGAAGUGAUGAUAAGAAUGAAAGUUUCAUUAGCAAUCAUAGUGAUGUUAGGUCUUUUAAAGCAAGUUUAUUUUCACAAGAAAUUUUCGGCAUAGCUAUUGAACCUUAUAACUUUAUAAAAAUCAGCAACAAUAAUGAUGAUGAUGACAACUAUAAAAUCGACAUUAACGAUGAUGAUGACUCUCCAUCAAGCCACUACAUAAACAACGGUAUGAACAACAACAACAACAACAACAAAGGCAUUCACGAUAACUACAUAGGCGUAAGCACACGCAAUGCUAACAAUGAUGUCUCCCCUGAUUGGCUGUGCACCAACACAGUGGGUCGUACUAGGGGCAGUGCUUCAGAGAGCUGGCAGCGAAUAGGAUUCGCGGAUUUUUAUUGGACUAAACCUUCUCUUAAAUUACUAUCUCUAGGCGAGAUAUUGAUGAAAAUGAAGGGGAAUGAUACUAAUUAUAAUAAUGAUGAUGACGUCGAUGAUGCGGUCAAGUUAUCAUAUGAUAAUAUCUUUAAUUAUGUAGCAAAUAGAUUUGCUGUAAACGUUAAUGAUGGCGAUGAUAUGAUUAUCAAAAAAGUUGGCAAUGUCGGUGCUAAUGACAACAAAAACAAUGAAUAUCUCUACAAAAAUGAGAAAAAACCUGUUAAAAAUAAUUACUCAAAUAUGAAUAAUAGCAGUAAUAAAAAAUUAUUAUUGGAUAAAAUGGCGGACGAUUUAAUUAAGAGAAAGUUGAGUUGGAUUUGGCUGAAUGAUGAGAAGUCCUGGGCUAGGACUAUGUAUUGCAGAUAUCCUAUAUCGAGCGAGUGA